AUGCGGUUUUGGACCUCGUACGGGAUGCGAGUUCUGCACUCGACGGACACACUACCUAGCCACAUCCAGGCAAGCACAAUCGAUCACCUGGGUGUCGAGGUCGCUGGUAAAUUGUCCAACAUCUUUGAGUGUGUAACUCAGCCAGUGUCGUAUCUCGUAAAAUCUCGCGUAGAACGACAGCCUGUUUCUAAUUCGAGUGACAGUGUCAGAGAGUGCUCCACCUCGUUCUUGAACGCUCUGACUGUUCUUGUAAUCCGAAGAUACCCUUCGCUUGCGCCCUCGACCUCGAAUUUGAACGUCUGUAUCGGUAUGUCCCACACAAACUGCUUCUUCUAUUCCGGCCCGGUGGAAUUCGUCUCUGUCGACGACAACCAUAAAUUUAUCAUUGUGUAG